GCAGCAGCCAAAACCCUCCUCCUCCUCUCUCCCCCUUCCGCAGCAAGCAAAGCCCACACUGAGCUCCACAGCUCCCCUCCCCUCCGCGCCGCCAUCCAAAUGCCGGCGCUGCACCCCCGCCGCGGCCUCCUCUCCCUCCUGCUCCUGCUGCUCUCCUUCGCCUCCCCAUUCCUCUUCUCCCCGGCCCCCGCCGCAACCGCCGUCGGAGAUUGCCCUUUGGAUUUUAGUUGGGCCAACUUCACAUCAGCUUCCAUCGCAUGCUCUGAUCCCACGCAGCGGGCAGCAUGCUGCAGAUACAUCAAUGCAUUCGUAGCCAUCUCUAUGUCUCGCUACGCCAAUGCCACCGGCAGGCUGGGUGUCCCUCCGGCCUUCUCUGAGAUAUGUCUUAGCUCGGUAUCGGAGACAUUCAAGCUACGAGGAAUCCCCACUGAUGCCGACGUGUUCUGUGGGCUGGGACCCAAGAUAAGGGUCUCAUAUCAGUGUGCUGGACGGGACACGGUGCUGGAGAUGAUGCAAUCCCCAAAUUUCAAUGACGUUGUUGGAAGCUGCAGGGGUCCUCUCUCCUUGGACAUCACUUGCAAGACUUGCUUGAAUUACGGCAUUGUUUACCUCCAUCGCCUCAUUGGCUCAGAUGACAAUGUCGGCCUUAGCGUCUGUCGCAACGCGGUUUUUGUCACGCUUGCAACUCAACAGGGCAUUCUUUCAUAUGAUGACAUUGUCAAGUGCUUCUUCGGUGUUCAAGGAAUCACAAUGUUUCCAGGACCAUCGUCUGUCACUUCGACUCCAGCUUCUUCUCCAAAUGUAACAACUCCUGUUGAUGCUCCAACUCCAAAGACCAAAAGUGUUCUGCAGAAACAUCACCAACCUUACCGGAUUACAGUCAUUCCGGGGAUAGGGAUAGCGGUUAUCUUGCUUGCUGUUCUGCUCCAACUUGUCUUAGUGAUACUAAUUCGUAGAAAGAACAGGGAAUUGAAGGAUGCAGACCUUCAUAUGCAGAAUCCAGAAAAUGCAUUUUGUCAGAGUCAAUCCUGGAGAUGCCCAGAAGGUCAAUCACCAAUGUUUCAAAGGUACAGUUACAAAGAAACAAUGAAAGCAACAAACAAUUUCAGCACAGUUAUUGGAAAGGGAGGUUUUGGAACUGUCUACAAAGCUCAAUUUAGUGACGGAUCUCUAGCAGCUGUAAAAAGGAUGGACAAGGUCUCAAAACAAGCUGAGGAAGAAUUCUGCCGAGAAAUGGAGCUCUUAGCUAGGUUGCAUCAUCGCCAUCUUGUAACCCUCAAGGGAUUCUGCAUCGAAAGGAAAGAAAGGUUCCUUGUCUAUGAGUACAUGGCGAAUGGAAGCCUAAAGGAUCACCUUCACUCAUCUGGAAGAAAGGCAUUAAGCUGGCAAUCUAGACUACAGAUUGCAAUGGAUGUGGCCAAUGCUCUGGAGUACCUCCAUUUCUUUUGUAACCCACCACUCUGCCAUAGAGACAUCAAGUCGAGCAACAUUCUUUUAGAUGAGAAUUUUGUUGCCAAGGUUGCUGAUUUUGGGCUUGCACAUGCAUCAAGAACUGGUGCCAUCAGCUUUGAAGCUGUCAACACGGAUAUAAGGGGGACCCCAGGGUACAUGGAUCCUGAAUAUGUGAUAACUCAAGAGUUGACAGAGAAGAGUGAUAUAUACAGCUAUGGUGUGCUCCUACUUGAGCUGGUUACUGGGCGGAGAGCAAUCCAAGACAGCAGGAAUUUGGUUGAGUGGGCACGGGGACACUUAUCGUGUGGAAAGAUAACACCUGAAUUCGUGGACCCAACGAUCAGGGGCUUGGCUGACAUGGAUCAGCUGCAUUUGGUGGCUAGCAUUGUCCAAUGGUGUACACAGAAAGAGGGCCGGGAGAGACCUUCCAUUAGACAAGUGCUCAGGAUGCUCUCGGAGAGGCUGGAUCCAGGGAAUGGCAGCUUUGGCGAAGGCAUGGAAGAUGCAGAGGGAGGAUUUUAUCCUAGAAAUAGCAAAGGCAGCGUCCACCGAAACGAGCUGAUUCCCCACAGUGGUGACAUGAGGUCUCUCCAUUCCUCGUCGAGCACAACAAGAUCCUAUUGCAGCCGCAGCAUGUUACUUGAAGGUGGCCAGGCUCACUCUCCACCAGAAACCCUAUGACUCCACUUCCUUGCGGUUCAAUUCUAGCCAUGAGAUUUUGCUAUUCUUAAUGCCUCUCUGCUGAGUACGUGCUUACUGUGAAGCAAGUCAAAGCGUCCAACUUAUACCAAGAUUCGCUUCUGAUGAUCAAAAUGGAGUUCUGUAAGCCGGCUAUUCUUGUGAAAGUGAAUUGGCAGAUCGUAUGACGUGCAAUACUGCAAUUUGCUGUGUAGUGUGGUUGGUUGGUGUGCCAAAGUCAGAAGGCAGAAGCAAAGACUAUUGGGUGAUCCUGGAAGCGAAGCAAAACCAUGCAUGCACAUAUAUGGUGUUGCAGAUUAUUUUGCCGGAUCUUCUGUUCUGGUUUCAGAAUUGUGUAGUUUGCAUUCUUUAUAGCUAGAACUGUUGUCCAGUUACUUCGAUGGUGUGCUUUCUCUUGUUUUCUCUGAGACGACGUCGGUGUUGCCUUUGGCAGAUGGUUGCAAGCAGCACGAGGUUUUGGGGCUAGUGGACAGAAAAGAAACCCAGACAACCUUGAGAUCCCAUCCUUGCAUUCUGAUGAUGGAUGCUCCUUUUCUUUUUUUUUUUUUCUCAUUGCUGUUAGUUGUUGAUGAGAUGGUGAUGGGAGAUGAUGGCUGGUCAGCGGUAGGUGCCGCACAUUGUCUUUUAAUUAUUCGUGUCAAGUGAUUAAUGGUGGUUGGAAUACACUCUUAGACACAUAUGUUACAUGUGAUUGCUUGCAGUGAAGCUUUCUUGAGU